CUCAAGUUUACUUUCGUUUUCUGACGUGCUUCUCGUGGCCCAGCUUCGUUUCUCCGUCGUUUCUGUGGACAGAAUCCAUUCUUAUGUUAACAAGGCCUUUAUUGUAUGGUGUCUACCAAAGGUAAACUCAGUAGGCUAUAGAAAGAUCGGGCUGAAAGCAGCAACAACGCAGCUGACACACUGUCGCUGUAAACUCUACGUGCGCGCCAGACGCAGCCGUCACGCACAGUGAAAGGUCGGCGGUGUGAACCAAGUAUUAAGAUACAAGUGUUUGUGAACUGAUGUGAGUUUAGAGCAUGGAUCAACAUGAGGACAGAGAGGAGGGAGUCCGUCCCUCUAAAGCCAUUUUGUGUGGGGAAGAUGACAAUCAGAACAAAGCUCAGAGGUUCUAUCCAUCUGCUGAACCUGAGCCUGAACCCAGCUGUGUGUCCUUCAAGAGUGACCAGUCAAAGCGUCGCCUCAUUGAGUUUAAAGAACAACUUUCUCCUCCAAAGAAGAUCUGUCAAAGAGCAGACUCUGAACCCAGCUGUGUGUCCUUCAAGAGUGACAGAGUUGACCAGGAGAGGUUAGAGGUUCCCAUUGGUCAGUCUUCCCAGCAGCAUCAAGACCUGGAAUCCAUAUUUAUGCUGCUGGAGAAGGAAAUUGUCACUUUUGUGAAGAACGAGCUCAAGGGGAUGAAGAAGGAUCUCAUUAUGGGUAACGCAGAAUGCUUAGAGAGUCAGAGGGAGGCUGAGGAGGUGUUGGACGCUGAGGACGAAGAAUGGAGGAGGAGCAGCAGAGAGGCUUUUCUGGAGAUUGCCUUACACUUCUUGAGGGGAAUGAAGCAUGAAGAGCUGGCUGACUUUCUGCAGAGCAAAUCUCCUGCCAUGUGCGAGCUUCACCUCAAAUCUACCCUGAAGAAGAAGUUCCAGCAUGUGUUUGAGGGGAUCACUAAAGCAGGAAACCCAACCCUUCUGAAUCAGAUCUACACAGAGCUCUUCAUUACAGAGGGAGGGAAUGGAGAGGUCAAUGAUGAACAUGAGGUCAGACAGAUUGAAAAUGCAACCAGGAAACCAGACAGAACAGAGACAACAAUCAGACAAGAAGACAUCUUUAAAGGGUCACCUGAAGAAGAUCAAAAACUCAGAACGGUGAUGACAAAGGGAGUGGCAGGCAUUGGGAAAACAGUCUUAACACAAAAAUUCACUCUAGACUGGGCUGAAAACAAAGCAAACCAGGACAUAAAGUUCACAUUUCCAUUCACUUUCAGAGAGCUGAAUGUGCUGAAAGAGAAAAAGUACAGCUUGGUGGAACUUGUUCAUCAAUUCUUUCCUGACAUCAAAGAAGCACGAAUCUGCAGGUUUGAAAAGUUAAAGGUUGUGUUCAUCUUUGACGGUCUGGAUGAGUGUCGAUUUCCUCUGGACUUCCACAACAAUGAGAUCCUGACUGAUGUUACAAAGUCCACCUCAGUGGAUGUGCUGCUGACAAACCUUAUCAGGGGUAACCUGCUUCCCUCUGCUCACCUCUGGAUAACUACACGACCUGCAGCAGCCAGUCAGAUCCCUCCUGAGUGUGUUGACAUGGUGACAGAGGUCAGAGGGUUCACUGACCCACAGAAGGAGGAGUACUUCAAGAAGAGGUUCAGAGAUGAGGAACAAGUGAGCAGAAUCAUCCCCCACAUCAAGACAUCACGAAGCCUCUAUAUCAUGUGCCACAUGCCAGUCUUCUGCUGGAUCACUGCUACAGUUCUGGAGGAUGUGUUGAAAGCCAGAAAGAGAGGAGAGCUGCCCAAGACGCUCACUCAGAUGUACAUCCACUUCCUGGUGGUUAAUUCCAAAUGGAAGAAUGUCAAAUAUCAUGAAAGAGCUGAGACAGAUCCACACUGGAAUCCAGAGAAUACGAAUAUGAUUGUGUCUCUGGGAAAACUGGCUUUUGAACAGCUGCAAAAAGGAAACCUGAUCUUCUAUGAAUCAGAACUGACCGAGUGUGGCAUCAAUAUCGGAGCAGCGUCAGUCUGCUCAGGAGUCUUCACGCAGAUCUUUAAAGAGGAGAGAGGGCUGUACCAGGACAAGGUGUUCUGCUUCGUCCAUCUGAGCGUUCAGGAGUUUCUGGCUGCUCUUCAUGUCCAUAUGACGUUCUUCAACUCUGGUGUCAAUCUGCUGUCAGAAGAACCAGCAACAUCCCAGAAAACUGAAACAAGAAAACACAAAUCUGAAGUGACACACUUUUACCAAAGUGCUGUGGACAAGGCCUUACAGAGCCCAAAUGGACACCUGGACUUGUUCCUCCGCUUCCUCCUUGGCCUUUCACUGCAGACCAAUCAGGCUCUCCUACAAGGCCUGCUGUCACAGACAGGAAGCUCAGAUCAGGAAACAAUCAGGUACAUCAAGAAGAAGAUUGAAGAGAAGCCCUGUCCUGAAAGAAGCAUCAAUCUGUUCCACUGUCUGAAUGAACUGAAUGAUUGUUCUCUAGUCGAGGAGAUCCAACAGUACUUGAGUUCAGGAAGACUUUCCAGAGAGAAACUCUCUCCUGCUCAAUGGUCAGCCCUGGUCAUAAUCUUACUGUCAUCAGAGAAAGAUCUGGACGUGUUUGACCUGAGCAAAUGUUGUACUUCAGAGUCUUCAGAGGAGGCUCUUCAGUUCCUUCUUCCUGUGAUCAAAGCCUCCAAGACAUCUCUACUGAGGGGCUGUAACAUCUCAGAGAGAAGCUGUGAAGAUCUGUCCUCAGUUCUUAGCUCCCAGUCCUCUAGUCUGAGAGAGCUGGACCUGAGUAACAGCCACCUGCAGGAUUCAGGCGUGAAGCUGUUGUGCGUUGAACUGCUGAAUUCACACUGUAAACUGGGAACUCUCAGACUGAGGGGCUGUAACCUCUCAGAGAGAAACUGUGAAGCUUUUUCCUCAGUUCUCAGCUCCAAGUCCUCUAGUCUGAAAGAGCUGGACCUGACUAACAACAACCUGCACGAUUCAGGAGUGAAGCUGCUGUCUGAUGGACUGAAGAGUCCAGAUUGUACUCUGAAAACUCUAAGGCUGUCAGGCUGUCUGAUCACAGAGGAAGGCUGUAAUUCUCUGGUCUCAGCUCUGACCUCCAACCCCUCGCAUCUAAGUGAGCUGGACCUGAGCUACAAUCAUCUAGGCAACUCAGGUGUAAACCGACUGGCUGCUCUGCUGGAGGAUCAACUCUACAAUCUUGACACUCUCAGGGUGGAGCCUGGUGGAGUCCAAUGGUUGAGACCAGGUCUGAGGAAGUAUUUCUGUGAACUCACAAUCGACACAAACACAGUAAACAGAGAUAUCAAACUGUCUGACAACAACAGGAAGGUGACACGUGUGAAGGAGGCUCAGUCAUAUCCUGAUCAUCCAGACAGAUUUGACCCCUAUCCUCAGCUGCUGUGUAGAAAUGGUCUGACAGGUCGCUGUUAUUGGGAGGUCAAGUGGACAGGAGAGGUUCAUCUAUCAGUGAGUUACAAAGGAAUCGGAAGGAAAAAAAACAGAGAAGAAUGUGAGUUUGGAGGCAAUUAUCAGUCCUGGAGUCUGGAGUGCUAUGAUGGUUGUUACGCUGUCUGGCACAAUAACAGCGGAACAUCCAUCUACACUUCCUCUGUCUCUGACAGAGUUGCAGUGUAUCUGGACUAUCCUGCUGGCACUCUGUCCUUCUUCGCAGUCUCCUCUGACACACUGAUCCACCUCCACACCUUCAACACCACAUUCACUGAACCUGUUUAUCCUGGGUUUGGGUUUGAGUUCUGGUUCAGGUCUGGGUCGUCAGUGUCUCUGUGUACUCUGUAGGAGGGAGAGUCUCUUCCUGUUAGAGAAACAUUCUCAUUGCUGAACAGAUCAGUUGAGUUAUCUACAGGAUCACACACAAGCUUUUUUUUUUUUUUUUUACUUUUUUAGUACUGCAAUGUAACAUGACAAGAAGAUAAAGACAUAGGACAACUGACGCAAUAUAUUAGGAAGAUAUUAGGAAAAUUUAAGACAUGAUAAGUACAGCAAUUUAAAGCUAUUGGGGUGGGAUGUUGAGUUAGAAAGUGUCUAUGACAUGAACUGUAAUAAUGGGUGAGAUGGUGUUAAUUUUACUUACUACGUUGUUAGUAGUUUAUUUAUUAUAUAUAUCAUUUAUCAUAUGUAUAACUAUUUCUGACUUGUACUGUAGAUUGUGCCUGACUGUGUGUGAAUAAAAACAGUAUACUGCUUA